AUUUCACUCUCGUCGACCCUGGCGGAGCCGCGACCUCACCUUCUUUUCUUGUCGCGCGCUGGUCUCGCCGUCACUCAAUGCUUCGGCUCCCCGUUCUGACUUUCUCCUGGACCGAAUUGCCCUGAGCGGCACUGCCCUCCGGCAUGAGCGGCCGCCCGCCUCCUGGAGGCUCUUCGAGCGGCGCCCGAAACGACCUCCUCCUCGAUCUCGACAAUGACCAGCCCCUCUACAGCGCCGGGCAACGCUCGGCCCUGACGGACGAUGACCUCCUCCACUCUUACGCCUACGAUCAGGAUGGUGCGCCAUCGCGGCCCUCCGUCUCAUACGACGAUUUCGUCGGCUCCGGCCAACAAAGGCAACACGCGGCAAGACCCGCUCCGGCCGGAUCCUCUAGUUCUGCAUCGCGCCAGGCUGGCCCCUACGGCUCAGAGAUGGGAAGACAGUACAGCCAAACGUCAGACCUUGGCAACUACCAAAGAUAUGCAGAUGACUUCGACGACUACCCGGAUGACACUGGCUCGUACUACCAGCAUGGCGGCUCUCCUGCGGCCGGGGUUGGCUCGACGUCGGCGCGGGGAGAAGCGAGGAAACGGAACAGCGUCUUGGGCUUGGGUGGUGGCUUUUUCGGGAGAAUGAAGAACAGGCUAGGGAUGGGGCAAGGGUACUCCGAGAUGGACCUUCCACUAACUGAGUCGCGCGCGGGAGGCGGGGCAGACGGCGCCGAAGUACCACCGCCGAAGGAGAAGAAGUUCGACAUGGGCAACUUCAAGUUCGGGUUCGGGCGGUCGAAGCCGGAUCCAUCCACUCUCGGACCGCGAAUCAUCCACCUCAACAACCCUCCCGCGAAUGCUGCUAACAAGUAUGUGGACAACCACAUCUCUACAGCCAAGUACAACAUCGCGACGUUCCUUCCCAAGUUUCUCUUCGAGCAGUUCUCAAAAUUCGCCAACAUCUUCUUCUUGUUCACGGCUGGCUUGCAGCAGAUCCCCGGGCUUUCGCCCACAAACCAAUACACCACCAUCGGUCCGCUUAUCGUCGUGCUUUUGGUGUCGGCGGGUAAGGAGUUGGUGGAGGAUUAUCGACGGAAGCAGGCUGAUAAGGCCCUCAACAUGUCAAAAGCUCGGGUCUUACGAGGCUCCACGUUCACCGAGACGAAAUGGAUCAAUGUUGCCGUGGGCGAUAUUGUCCGUGUCGAGUCUGAGGAGCCAUUCCCCGCCGAUCUCGUCCUUCUGGCCAGCUCUGAGCCCGAGGGCCUGUGCUACAUCGAGACGGCCAAUCUUGACGGGGAAACCAACCUCAAGAUCAAGCAGGCGCUGCCCGAGACCUCGUCCAUGGUGAGCUCAACUGAGCUGAGCCGGCUGGGCGGUAGGCUCCGGUCCGAACAACCGAACAGCAGCUUGUACACAUACGAGGCUACCUUGACCAUGCAGGCGGGCGGGGGAGAAAAGGAACUGCCCCUGAACCCGGAGCAGCUGUUGCUUCGCGGCGCCACCUUGCGAAACACCCCCUGGGUCCACGGCGUUGUCGUCUUCACCGGCCAUGAGACUAAACUGAUGAGAAAUGCGACGGCAGCUCCUAUCAAGCGGACCAAAGUGGAGAGGCAGCUCAACAAGCUUGUUCUGGUGCUGGUGGGCAUGUUGCUGGUUCUGAGUGUCAUCUCGACAGUCGGCGACCUGGUGAUGCGCAGUACUAUGGGCAAUUCGCUCUCCUAUCUCGCCCUCGACAGCAUGAGCGGUGCCGCGGCCGUGGCACGCAUCUUUAUCAAAGACAUGGUCACAUACUGGGUGCUCUUCUCAUCGCUGGUUCCCAUCUCGCUUUUUGUUACGCUUGAACUAAUCAAGUACUGGCACGGCAUCCUGAUCAAUGACGACCUGGACAUCUACUACGAAACUACUGACACGCCCGCCAACUGUCGCACUUCCAGCUUAGUAGAGGAGUUGGGCAUGGUCGAAUAUGUCUUCUCGGACAAGACAGGGACGCUGACCUGCAACCAGAUGGAGUUCAAGGCAUGCUCGAUUGCAGGCAUCAUGUACGCCGAGACGGUGCCUGAGGACCGCGUCCCGACCAUUGAGGAUGGCGUCGAGGUUGGCAUUCACGAGUUCAAACAGUUGAAGGCGAACAUCAAAGGCCACCCGACCGCCCAAGCCAUCGACCACUUCCUUACAUUGCUUUCUACGUGUCACACGGUGAUCCCGGAGCAGACCGAGACGGGAGGCAUCAAGUACCAGGCCGCCUCUCCCGACGAGGGAGCGCUUGUCGAAGGGGCCGUCCAGUUGGGUUACAAGUUUGUAGCUCGCAAGCCCCGUGCCGUCAUCAUCGAGGCCGGCGGCGAGCAAUUCGAGUACGAGCUUCUGGCGGUUUGCGAGUUCAACUCGACCCGGAAGCGAAUGUCGACCAUCUACCGCUGUCCCGACGGCAAAGUUCGGUGCUACUGCAAGGGCGCAGAUACGGUCAUCCUAGAGCGCCUAAACGACAACAACCCUCAUGUCGAUGUUACGCUCCGUCACCUGGAAGAAUACGCGUCGGAAGGGUUGCGGACGCUCUGCUUAGCCAUGCGCGAGAUACCGGAACAGGAGUUCCAGGAGUGGUAUCAGGUUUACGACAAGGCGCAGACGACUGUUGGUGGAACGCGCGCCCAGGAGCUGGACAAGGCUGCCGAGCUCAUCGAGCACGAUUUCUACCUUCUCGGUGCCACCGCCAUCGAGGAUCGGCUGCAGGACGGCGUGCCCGAGACCAUCCACACGCUUCAGGAGGCGGGCAUCAAGGUCUGGGUCCUAACUGGCGACAGGCAGGAGACUGCCAUCAACAUCGGCAUGAGUUGUAAGCUUCUCAGCGAAGACAUGAUGCUCCUCAUCGUCAACGAGGAGAAUGCGGAAGCAACGCGCGACAACAUUCAGAAGAAGCUGGACGCCAUCCGAAACCAGGGCGAUGGCACGAUCGAGAUGGGCACUCUGGCGCUUAUCAUCGACGGGAAAUCGCUGACGUAUGCCCUGGAGAAAGACCUGGAGAAGCUCUUCCUUGACCUCGCCGUCAUGUGCAAGGCCGUCAUCUGCUGCCGUGUUUCCCCAUUGCAGAAGGCCAUGGUGGUCAAGCUAGUCAAGAAGUACCAGAAGGAGUCCAUCCUCCUCGCCAUUGGUGACGGUGCGAACGACGUCUCAAUGAUCCAGGCCGCCCACAUCGGAAUCGGCAUCAGCGGGAUGGAGGGUCUGCAGGCCGCGCGGAGCGCGGAUGUCUCGAUUGCCCAGUUCCGCUACCUCCGCAAGCUGCUCCUUGUCCAUGGCGCAUGGAGCUACCAUCGUGUUGCCAAGGCGAUUUUGUUUUCCUUCUACAAGAACAUCACACUUUAUCUCACGCAGUUCUGGUACGUCUUCCAAAACGUCUUCUCCGGCGAAGUCAUCUACGAGUCCUGGACGCUGUCCUUCUACAACGUCUUUUAUACCGUCUUGCCCCCGCUCGCCCUAGGUAUCCUCGACCAAUUCGUAUCGGCCCGCCUGCUCGACCGCUAUCCUCAACUCUACUCGCUCGGCCAGACCAAUGCCUUCUUCAAGGUCAAGGUCUUUUCCUCCUGGAUCCUCACCGCCGUCUAUCACUCUAUCAUCCUCUACGUCGGCGGCUCCCUGUUCUACAUCUAUGACGGUGUCCAGAGCGACAGCGUCCCAGCGGGCAAGUGGGUCUGGGGCACGGCCAUGUACGGCGCGGUCCUGUUGACCGUCCUGGGCAAGGCCUCGCUCGUCACAAACAACUGGACCAAAUACCACGUCAUUGCCAUCCCCGGCAGCAUGGCCAUCUGGAUCGUGUUUGUCGCCGUCUACGGCACCGUCGCGCCCAAGCUGGGCUUCUCGACCGAAUACUUUGGUGUCGUGCCCCGGCUAUUCACGAGCCCGUCCUUCUGGCUCCAGAUGCCCACGCUGGCGAUUCUCUGUCUGGCGCGGGAUUUUACCUGGAAGUUUAGCAAGAGGCUGUGGCGGCCCGAGCCGUACCACCAUGUGCAGGAGAUCCAGAAGUACAACAUCCAGGAUUACCGGCCUCGGAUGGAGCAAUUCCAGAAGGCCAUCCGCAAGGUCAGGCAGGUACAGCGCAUGCGCAAGCAGCGUGGGUACGCCUUCUCGCAGGCGGAUGAGUCGCAGACGAGGGUGCUGCAGGCGUAUGACACGACCCAGCAUCGGGGUAGGUAUGGUGAAAUGGCUAGUUCGAGGCCGCUACACUAGGUCGACAUCGUGCUUGGUUUUGGUCAGAGCAUAUCCAUCCUUCUUGGUUCUUUUAAUGAUUACUACGACGGACGGAAGGUGUGUGGAUGGAGUACCUAGGAGGGUGAAAAGGGAUGGUUCCUCUUUACCAGAUGGGUUGCCGUUGUUGUUGUUGCUUGAUGUAUGUUGGGUAUUU